CGUCUGGUCGCCGCACCGGAGGACUCGCCCCCCACCCCUCGGUCACAACAACUCGUAACUUGCCGUCAUUUCACCUUUCAGCCAAGUGUUUUAACGUGCGACGUCGAGAGCUUGUACACGGCCUGUCGUUGUUUAGGAGGCUAACUACGGAGACCCAUCGAAACCUUCAAGUCACCGCCUGUGUCCGGCGACGCGGUAGCGGUUUCACGAGCGUUAAAUUCACACGACCCUUGCACACUUUAUCACGUCACCACAGAGCUCACUGUCCUUUGCAACAGCAUAAACAAACUUCCAUGAAACCAACACUGCAGCUAGUAGCCUGGCUAGCCGAGUGAGCUAAAGUGCUGCCGUUGAAGUGAGACAAUCGCCCUAAGAUGGACGCCCUUGAUUGACACACAAGUUGUGUUUGUCUUUGAAGCUGAGAUCUGUCAGCCACCUUCACCAUGCCUGAUGAGUAAAGCCAACCGUCUUGCUGAAAGCAAUAAUUAAAAAAAAAAAAGAAAAAAAUCUACAUGUAGAGCCCCUUCAGUACAUCCUGCUGGUGUCCAGAUAGAAUUCUCCUUUGUCCUGUGUCGCUUCUAUUGCACCAACCUCCAGUAACUACCAAUCACAAUGCUGCUCAACCUGAGAAUGGCCUACACCUAAGCUCUCAUGCAUCCAGUGAGCACCGAUUCAGACGGUCCUGCUCUUCCUGAAAACCUCUCUUGCCCCUACCCCUCGGUGGGCCCACUGCCUGCUUCAGAGAUGUCCCUGCUCCAAUCGCUGGGCCCAGUGCAAAGCUGGCUUGGCCAGGAGUUGGAGAAGUGCGGGAUUGAUGCCAUGAUCUACACCCGCUACAUUCUCAGCCUUCUCCUGCACGAUAGCUAUGACUAUGACCUGCAGGACCAGGAAAAUGACAUCUUCUUAGGCUGGGAGAAGGGGACCGGGAAGAAAUGGGGCAAGAGUAAAAAGAAGGGUGGGGCCGAUCUGAGUCUGGAGGAAAUGAAGAAACAGGCUGCUGUGCAAUGUCUUCGCUCUGCUUCUGAUGAGAACUCUGGGGUUGAGAGCCUUGUUGAGGAACUUUGCUCUAAACUUCGGGAGAUCCAGGACAAACAAAAAGAGGAAAAACCGAUCCACAAGAAAUCUGAAGGCUCUCUCUCUCCAGAGCGAGGUGAAUCUCCUCCUUCAAAGGACCAGGUGGAAAUGUAUUAUGAAGCCUUCCCUCCCUUGUCAGAAAAACCUGUUUGUCUCCAAGAAAUUAUGACCGUGUGGAACACUGCAAAGGCCAGUGCAUACUCAAGCUCCUCAUCCUCAGCAGUCCCACAGACCAGCACAGACACAUCUUCCCCGAAGGACUGCAAUAGUGAGUGUGAAGCUGUGAAAGAGCAGACCAUCCAAGCUUUUGACACCGUGACCAGUGAGAGGGGCCAGCUAAGGAGAGGCAAGAAGGAGAAGGAAAACAGAUACCAGGGUGGCACAGCGACAGAGGAGAAGCCAUCACUCCAUCUAAAGAGGCAGAGCAGACACAGAUCCGAAGCCAAGUACAGACCAAGGUCCUGGUCUUCUGGAUCUAGUGAGGCGGGCUCAAGCUCAAGUGGGAACCAGGGUGAUUUGAAGUCAUCCAGAAGCAAAGCAGUAAGGAAAAGGCAUAAAUCCAGAGAGGCUGGGAGAAACAAGAGAAUGCGUAACAGUGGACAGACAAAGCAGCAGGUGAAGGUUGUUGACAAGGAGGAGCGAAGAACUGCUGGAGGGGGCAGCGGCAAUGCUGCAGUAACAGGCAAACCACUGCAGCUUUUCAAGAAGAGCAAGAGAACGCUAAGGGAGAUUUCUAAAGAUCCAGGCUGGGGGGAAGCAGAGGAGACCGCCAUUGAAACCAGGAACAAACAAGAAUACAUGGAGGAGCCACUCUGGUACACUGAGCCCAUCACAGACUAUUUUGUACCUUUCAGCAGCAGGCAAAGCAAGCUGGAAACAAUAUACAGGAGCAAAGUGAACUCUCCCGAUGGUGUUGCCUUGUCUGCAGACUUGGAGAGGCUGCCUGAGGGAAUCCAGGGGAUCUGCAUUGCCAACGAUGGUUACCAGAGAGCGUAUCUCACAGCUGGCUCCUUUGUGGAUGGAUGCUUUGUUGAAGGUCCUGGUGAAACAGAGGAGGAACCUGUAAAACUGACCAGGACCUCAUGCUGCCCUCAUCCAGAGGAUAGUAAAAAUUUGGAUGAUGAACAUCUGUGUGAAUUUCCUCACUUCUAUGAAGUGGACAUUUAUCAAUCCAUAUUGGAUUCUAGUGCCUCAGACUCUAUACAAGAGAGUCGGAUCCUAAGCAUGAUUCGGCAAAAAAGAAAAGAGCAGAGAGACCUCGAUUCAGAAUGUUGCUUAGUGUUCGAUGGUCUUGAGCAGCAAGGGGAAAGUGCAAUAAGGCCAGAUUCGCCGGACGCUUCGGGAUCUCUGGGAUUGCUAAUAGAGGAUCUUGAGAACUUGGCUCAAAUCUGGGGUUGUUAUUCACCGUCUACAUCAGAAGACAUAGAUGGUGAAAGCUUUAUAGGGGACUCUCCUGUACGACUUUCCCCUCUCCUGGACAGUGUUUCAUUUGCCCUCACAAAGCUUUCAAAAAAUCUAGAAGAGCCUUCCGUCCCAGAUGUAACUUGUGUUCCGUCUGGAGUAAAUUCAUCCUGCUUCUCACUUUUUGAGCUGCAAUACGAUAGCCCCCCCCUUCCUUUUCCCUGCGACUCUCUUGCCACAAGUCAUGAAAAUGAUCCUGACUCUGUGAGCUGUCUCGACCCACACUCUAAUAAACAAUCUCGUUUGCUUAUAUGGACCAAAAAUAGUGCCUUUGAUGAAACUGAACACUGUUCAAAUCUUUCGACAAGAACUUGCAGCCCCUGGUCACAUUCAGAAGAGACGCGUUCUGACAACGAGCAAGGAAAUGUUCUGACGGAAGAAGCUGCUCAAACCGAAGUCCUCGAUUGUAUCAUCCCUCCACUUUCUGGGACUUAUCUGGAAGAGGAGAUAUUGGAUUUCUUGCAAGGUGAAUCGCAGUGCAAGCACGAGGGCGUGGGCAUCAGUAAAGCCCCGCUUAAUCAAACAUUUCCCAAAAAAUCUAAAUUGGAGUCUGUGUGUGGUAUUGCCCUCGAGGAAGACCAGAGUACACAGUACAGCACUGGUAUCUUUUCUGAGAACACAAGCCAACAAGCUGAGGAGUACAGCUCAGGGAUCAUUAAGGAUAUUUGGUCAAGCAUUGGAGAAGUGGUAUCAAAACGAGAGGCAGAACCAACUAGUAAGACACCAUUCUGCAAGGACUCUGGCAGCCUUUUUGCCAGUUGUGUGGAGGUGCAAGCUAAUGGAGCGCCAAUUCAGAGGCCUCAAAAAAAAGCAGUGCAACGGUCAGAGUAUCAUCUUUGGGAGGGCAAAAACAGUGAGCAGGACUUGGCUAAAAACAAAGUGUCCAAGUUACAUAGUGCUGGGGAUUACAUGACUCCGUCCAAGCCUUGGGACCUGAACUCUAACAAGGAGAGCACCUCCUUUAUCCUUGGGGGAGUGUACGGAGAGCUGAAGACAAGAGAUGUUGAUAAGAAUUGGGCUGUGGCAUCAAGUGAACACCAAGAUAACUUGCUUCAGUCGUCCAACUCAGAUGUCCUCACCAUCACUGGUACAGAUGUGUUUAUGAACACCAGCGGCUGUUUUGCCCCUGGACACAGACCCCUGUGGAGGCCCCUUGUGUCUUUUGGUCAGAGCGACCCAGCUGUGAGGCGUGGAGAUGGAUUGAAUAAGGGAUUUUCUUUUAUCUUCCAUGAAGAUUUACUUGGUUCUUAUGGAAGCUUGCACACUGAGGAGCAAGGAUUAAAAUACCCAUUUGCACCCUUCAACCUGAACAAUCCAUUCUCUCAAGUCCUUCACGUCGAGUGUUCUUUUGAGCCCGAAGACAUGGCUUCUUUCAGUCCGGGAUUUAAACCCAAGUCCAUCCUGUGCUCGGACUCUGAGAAUGAAGCGUUUCGGCCUCAGAUGUAUGGCAUCAACCGAACCCAAUACAGGGCCAUUCGCAUUUCCCCUAGGACUCAUUUCCGUCCAAUAUCCGCCUCAGAGUUGUCUCCCGGUGGUGUGAGUGAUUCCGAGGCUGAGACGGACAAAGAAGAAAUGGGAUUCCAGGACCUGGCGCCUGUAGAUGUUUUUGAGGACCCUCAAGCAGACCUCAAACCCCUGGAGGAAGAUGCUGAGUGUGAGGGCCCGUAUUAUGGAAAGUCGGAACUGGAAUCUGGCAAAUUCUUACCCAGAUUAAAGAAGACUGGUAUGGAGAAGAGUGCCCAGACCUCUCUGGACUCACAGGAGGGUUCUGCUACCCUCCUGCCCAUCGCUGAGCAAGAGAUAUGUUUGGAAUGCCAAACAGAAGCAGCGCCACACACAGGCGGACAGGCAAAUGUUUCCAUUGGCAAUAAUCAAAAGGAGAAAUCCAGAGAGAAACAGCCUAAUUCAUGUGCGCCUGCUGGACCUGUCCCCAAGUAUGGGAUUGCUUUUGAUUACAUAGGAGACAUGCAGGAGCUCCCUCUGUUAAAUAUUGGUGGUCGAGGAGGAACUGGCAGCCAGCAGGAGUGCUGGUGGCAAAACACACUCUGUUCCCCCCUGUUCCCUGGAUCUCAGUGUGCAGGGAGCAGCAAUAUCUGAAAACUCCUUUUGUGGAGGAUUCCUGUCAACAGAAGGUGGCCCUCCACUUCAUAUAUGACAGGAACUCUACCUGCAAACGUUUGGGGUUUUCUCAGAGGUACAAACCGAUCCAAGGUUUCUGAGAAACCCCUCCAAAAACUCCCCUUAUACACACACUUGACUACUGGUUUUCAUUGACUAACUUGUGGAAAUGGCAAUCGAAUCACCAAAAGAAGAAAAAAAAGCAACUGGGGAGUAAGAGUUAUGAAUCUGUUCUGCCUUUGAGUGAUGACAUGUUUGAGGCAUUUAGAAUAUUCUGUACCCUUGUCCCUGCAGUUUCCAGUGUGGGGGCAAUGUUUUCUUAUCUUUCUUUUUGUUUUGCCUUUGAAUUAGGAUCCUGGUAGUAGUUGAAGACUGAAUGGUUGUGCAUGUGUGUUUGUUGAUCCACACUCACUCCUUCUCUAGCUGAACCUAAUCUGAAGUGCCACCACUACAUUACAUCCUCUCCCAUGUCCAGCUAAAUAUAUUAAUAUGGUUCCCCCCAGUUGUGAAAGGAUGAUUGUUGAAAAUGAGUAGUUUAUUUUUGAAAGGUUUUCUGGAUGCGUGUCAUUUUCUCCCGAAAAUUCACAAACCCUAUUUUACACCCUCAAGUUUGUCUUUUUUUUUUUUUUUUUUUUUUAAAGGGAAUAGUCUUGCAAAAGCUAGUUGUGGUGGACUGAAGUUUUGGUUUGUUUGGAAAUUUGUUUAAAAAAAAAAAACAAGAAAAAAAAAACAAGACAAAAUGUACAAAAAAAUCUGGUUAAAACAAACAGCUAAUGUACUUGAAAUGGAAUGCUGAGAGGUUUAAAAGAACAAGAAAAACGUUUUCAAGUAAAACUCUUAAGUACAGCCAUAAGCUCCUGAGUUUGUUUUGCUUACCAUACUCCAAGACGUAAUUGGUGCUAUUCAAAAUGAGACACACUUCAAUGACAUGGUUGUUCAAGUAGUCUGCAAAGCCUCAGUUUUUUUUUGUCUCGCUACAAGUUGACUUGUUUGCUAAUUGUUGCUAGUCUGGCUCGUUUCAACAUCUUUUUUUUUUUAAUAGCGAGUAAUGGUUAACCAAAACAUCACAAACCUCCAGUACUGUCUAUUCCUUUUUUUUUCAGAUUUGGUGUGAUUUUUUUUUUUUUUUUUUUUUUCUUCCCCCAUCCCACUUUCUUUUCUUCUGUGUGACAUAUGUGUACAUUGAACUAGUAAAGGCACCUGUUUCAUCUACUGGAACUUUUAUUUUUAAGAUAUAAGGAUGUACAAACAUGUGUACCUUCAGUGUAUUGUUGCCUCUUUCCGUCUAAAAACGUAUGGGGGUAAUUCAAAGUUAAGAAUAUAAACGUUUGCGGUGUAUUUGGUCCUCUGUUUUUGAUUGAGGUUUAAGAGUUUAUGGAGCUGAAUGCACCGUUCAUUUGUGUUCGACUAAGCCUAGCAGUAACUUUGUUUGCAUUUGUAAGGAACUGGUUAUGACAGCGUCUUAUACCAUGAAACUCAAGCACAGAGAAUCAAUCGUUCUGUUCCAUGUGUCUGUUGCAGAUAAAAGGGUAUGGCUUUUAAAAACAAUGGCUUCCUUAUUUCAAUAACUGCUCUGUCUGAUGCCAAAAAGACCCUCCUCAAACACAAAUUAAAUUUCAGGGUCUUGUUUCUUUAACAGUCACCACUCAGGAAUUUUGCAAAUGUAACUUCAUAAGCAUCUACACAAGUCUCUGAUCAUUUGUUUGUUGACCUGCAGUGACAGAAUGACUUGUACAUUUACAGAAGCCAGUGAAAUUUGGGUAGAGGGGGGGUCACCCAUGACCUCACGGCCUUCUAUGCAGUCUCUUGAGGCAUGUUAGCGCUGGAGAAAAGUUGUUUCUGUUUAUGUCUGCAUAUUUGAGUGAUCGAAUUUUUGGGGUGUGUCUGUAUGAGCAGCAUGAAACCAUCACACUCCAUCUAACUGUUAAUGAAGAAGUGUUCAUAAGGAUGCUUGUGUGUGUGUGUGUGCCUGCAAACGCUACAUGGAAAUUAAUGGCAACACAUCAAACCGCCAUGUAAUUCUUCCAUUUUUGACAACUUUUGUUUAACUACUUCAUGAACAUGUAUGAUGAGAAAAUGCAUGUCAGUCAGGUCGAUAACACUGAUGUGGCUUUUCCACCCUGACGUGCUGUGGAAGUUUUCCAUUUCUUCACCUCCCUGAAUUUGUUCCAACUAAAACCCCCUGCCCUUACCCCAUCCCGUGACUGUUCCAUCUCCUGAGUAAAUUGUUUCAUUGUGGAUU